AGAACGUCGAGUUUGACACCGCGGAAGGAGACGACGACUAAAACCGAGAGUGUCAGGUCGGAGCCGGUCCGUGCUGUGAUUUUACAAACACACACAGACACACACAGAGACACACACAGACACACACACGUCGCUACGCUUCUGGAAAUGGUCCGGACACUCGCUUCUUCUUAUACAGGUGAGUGAGAGGUUUUUCCAUCAUGGCAGGAGAUCUCUACAGCCCCCCGUCCCCACUGGGGGACUCCCUCCUGGGCAGUCCUCUGUGUGGAGAGCUGAUGGAGGACCUUCAGGACAUCUCCCAGACUAUGAGAGACAACACGCUGGGAUUUGAUUACCCAGAAUACCAGAGCACCGGCUCAGGGUCGGAGAGCUCCACCGCCCUGGACACCUUGACUCCAGCCUCCAGUCCAUCUUCUGGAGGGGGUGGAGCCGCCCCAGGGCCCGAGGAAAGUCUCAACCUGGAGUGUCGAGUGUGUUCAGACAAGGCUUCGGGCUUCCACUAUGGGGUACACGCAUGUGAGGGCUGCAAGGGUUUCUUCAGAAGGACCAUCAGGCUGAAGCUGGAAUACGACAAGUGUGAACGCAACUGCAAAAUCCAGAAGAAGAACCGCAACAAGUGCCAGUACUGCAGAUUCCACAAGUGCCUCGCUGUGGGCAUGUCUCACAAUGCCAUUCGGUUUGGUCGCAUGCCGCAGGCAGAGAAGCUGAAGCUCAAGGCAGAAAGCAAGAUGGUGGAGAAAGGGCAAGAGAGCCCCAUGCUGGCCGACCACAAGAUCCUGGUCAGGCAGAUCCACGAUGCGUAUAUGAAGAACUUCAACAUGAACAAAGCGAAAGCACGACUCGUACUCACCGGAAAGACCAGCAAACCGCCCCUCAUCAUCCACGACAUGGAGACAUUCCAGGUGGCGGAGAGGACAUUAGCGGUUCAUAUGAUAAGCGAUGACCUCUCGGAUGCCGAGAGCGGCCCUCAGCCCGGAGAUGUGUUUCCAGGUGUGGGCUGUGGAGAGCUCCAGCAGAGGGAGGCUGAAGCACGGCUCUUCCACUGCUGCCAGAGCACCUCAGUGGAGACGGUCACGGAGCUGACAGAGUUCGCUAAAGCGGUGCCAGGUUUCCAGAGCCUGGAUCUGAAUGAUCAGGUGACUCUAUUAAAGUACGGUGUGUAUGAAGCACUUUUCACGCUCCUCGCCUCCUGCAUGAACAAAGACGGCCUCCUGGUGGCCCGAGGCGGAGGAUUCAUCACGCGCGAAUUCCUCAAAAGCCUCCGCCGUCCGUUGAGCGACAUGAUGGAGCCCAAAUUCCAGUUUGCCACGCGGUUCAACUCUCUGGAGCUGGACGACAGCGACCUGGCCCUUUUCGUGGCCACCAUCAUCUGCUGUGGAGAUCGUCCAGGCCUGGUGGACGCACCUCUCGUGGAGCAGCUGCAGGAAAGCAUUGUGCAUGCGCUACAGCUCCACCUGCUGGCCAACCACCCCGACAACACCUUUCUCUUCCCAAGACUCCUGCAGAAACUGGCUGACCUCCGCGCACUGGUAACCGAGCACGCUCAGUUGGUGCAGGAAAUCAAAACAUUGGAGGAGACAUCGCUGCACCCUCUCCUGCAGGAGAUAUACAGGGACAUGUACUGAGGAGUGAGCGCGAACAAAAACAUUCAAAUGUUUCAAAAUGUUGAUUUUAUAGCAGUACAGAGACACACAGUGCACAACGUGAAGCGUUUGCUCUCGUGCAUAUCGGAUGUACUGUAAGUAACUUACUGUGCAGAGUCUAUGAACAUGCACUGCUGUGACCAUGUGACGACAUCUGGAACAAAGUCAAAGUGACGUUCCUUUCAGGCGGAGCGGCAGCUCUUGUGCUGGACCUGAGUGUCGCCAUGAAAGAGGGACAUGGUGGAGAACGGAGUUGGGAGCCAUUUGCAUUUGGAUUAGAUCCUGGAUGCCUUUUACCUUACAGACACAAGAGUCAACAAAAGCUAAACAAAUGUGUGUGCUAUGCAAAUAUGUACACAUGGUAAAGAUAAACUGCCAGUCAUAUGUGCACUGAUUUUAAAUACUAACCGUGCCUUUUGAAAUAACAACAAGUCAUAUUCCUAACGUUUCUGGGUUUUUUUAGCAUUUGAAUUUGGUUAAUGUCAUUGGAAUGUUAUUUUCAUGUGAUCUGUUGCCUUGAAUGAUGUGAGACAAAUUUGCCUUGGUGAACACGUUUUCACCAGUUUAUCUGUUAUUUGCUCGAGUUUUAAUUUAACGACAACUCAAUUAUCCAGCACUCAACAAAUACACAAUAGAGUGUAAAAACAACAACAACAUGGUUUAGCUGUAUAUUGUAACUAUUUAAUUUUUUGACCAGGGAAUGUUGUUUGCAUUAUAUUUAACCAAUCAUCAUUUGGAAAUAUUGUGAUUUUGUAGGUUAUGUAUUUAUUUAAAUAUCUCCUGCUGCUGAACCGAGCACGAUGUGGUGACGUAAAACAUAAUAACCUAUUUUUCCUGAUUAGUAUUAUCAUCACGUACAUAUCAUGCCAUCAAGACACAGUCAAGUGUUGGCCAAAUGCAAUAAUCUGUUACGCUGGUGUAUGUAUUAUUUUGUAAACGUGACAAGAAUCUGGUGAAAGGGACGUUUGAAAAGUAAGUAAGAAAAGGCGAAUGGCUUUUUUUCUCUGUAUUUUGACAUCACCUCUAAUGUACUAAAACAUUGUUUUUCUUGUCAUAAUAAAACUGUUUUUAUGUUGUUGUUUUUUUAAUCCUGAUGAAAAGGUGUUGUAUGCUGUUGUAUCUUGGUGUUACAAUGUGAUUAUGCAGAAUAAACUGUGAUAUUUGA